AUGGAGAAACAAAAGGCGGCAGCAUUGACAGGAGGUAAUCUUGAUCUGGCUCUUGCGGCGCCUACGCGGAGGUUGGGUCCUGGGUUCAGAUUUCACCCCACCGACGAGGAGCUGGUGGUGUACUACCUCCGUCGUAAGGUCCGUGGGAAGCCAUUCCAUGUGGAGGCGAUUGCUGUGGUCGAUAUCUACAAGCAUGAGCCAUGGGAGCUUCAUGCGUUUAGUGCAGUGAAUAGCACAGACCAAGAGUGGUACUUUUUGGUGGGUUUUGAGAAGAAGUAUAAGGGGUCGAGGCUUAUUAACAGGUCAUUAACCGAGAAAGGGUACUGGAAGACGAGUGAGAAGGAUCAAACGGUGAGCCAUAAACGUGAGAUUGUAGGUAUGAAGAAAACCCCAGUUUAUCAUGCGGGGAGACCCCCUAAUGGGAGGAGGACCAACUGGGUAAUGCAUGAAUACAGACUUGUAGAGGCAGAAUUAGACAAGGCUGGAGUAGAUCAGGAUGAUUCGUUUAUGCUGUGUAAAAUAUUCUGCAAGAAUGAGAUGGGGCCACCGUGUAGCGGCGUAUAUGGCCCAUUCAAUGAAGAAGAGUGGGAAAAUAAUGAUGAAGUGAUGAGACAAGCAGGGUUUACAAGCAACACAAAAAACAUGUUGAAGUUUGAUCUUUUCCCCGGCAACAAAUGUGUUUCAUCUGAUGAAGCUUCAUCGUUGUCCACAGAUGUUCCAGUUCCACAACCUGGGCUCUUGAAUUUCUCCCUGUCCGCUCAACCAAAUCUGGAAAACCAUUCUCAUCUUCCUCUUCCUCCUAAGGUUGUCGGCGCUUUCAACUCCUCGUGUCUUGAGAAGUCAGUGCCUCCAGGCUAUCUCAAGUUCAUCAAUGACCUAGAAGAAGAGAGGAACAAGCUCAUGGAUUCAAUGAUGAACUCAGAAGCUACAAUCAGGAGACUUCUGGAGAGCAAUAAGCAGUUGGAGGAGGAAAAUAGGCGCCUUAAGAAUCUUCAUUUUUAA